AUGUCGAUCUCAAACGACGCAGGUCACUUCUUCCAAUCCUCCGCUGCCCUCGCCACCACCGAGCGCAAAGCAGCGAAAGCGAAGAACAAAUAUGGUGACCCCAUCAAAUUCCCAUCAAAGAUCCUCGCCAUUCUCAUCGACCCCAAUGACAAGGGCGGACUCUACGUUGCUGAAGCGGCCGGCGAAGUGAAGAAAGUGAGGCUGGAUACGCAGAAGGUUGAGAAGGUCUUCAGCGAGGGCACAGCGCCCCUGACUUCUUUAGCGAUAUGUACGAAGACCAACACGUUGUUCGCCGGAUGCUGGGAUAAGCACAUCUACGCUGUCGACCUCAAAGACCGCAAGAAGAAAGCGAGACGUCUCACAGGCCACACCGACUUCGUCAAGUGCCUCCUCGCCACCUCUCUAAGUGGAAAGCCAGUCCUCCUCUCCGGCGGUGCAGACGCUGCGACCAUUGUCUGGGACAUCGAGACCGGCACCCAACUGCAUAAACUAAAAGGCCAUACCAAAGCUCUGCAAGAUCUGGCGAUUGAUCCUUUUAGCCUGCUUGACUUUGCGACCGAGCCAUUGGACGAUUUCGUCCUUUUCUCCGCGAGCAGUGAUCCGCAUUUCCGCCGCUGGCACAUUUCCCUCAAAAGCUGCCGGGAGUUGGCUGAGUCGGAGGACGCACCGGUGCAAGCGCACGAUACGAGCAUCUACAAAUUACACUUCGAUACGUCCGGCGAUAUCUGGACUGCUUCCGCCGAUAAGACGGCCAAACAUCUCGUUCGCGAUCGCGGCUGGGAGGCAGAUACUACCCUCCAACACCCAGACUUCGUGCGAGAUGUCGUGGUGGUGGAACGUGCCGGUGUCGUCGUCACGGCUUGCAGAGACGAGAUUGUCCGGGUGUGGGAUGUGGCGACCGGCAAGCUGGUGUGUACGUAUGAAGGGCACUUUGAAGAGGUCACGGGGUUGGCGGUCUGGGAGUCGGAGGUGUUGAGUGGGAGCAUCGAUGGGACGGUGAGAAAAUGGGGGCUGAGGAAGCAGGAGAUGGCUAAGUAUCUUGAGGAGGUCGAGAAGGAGAAAGGAGGAGAGGCGGUGGAAGAGAAGAAGGGUGAUAAGAGUGGUAGUGUGCUGACUGCGGAAGAGGAGGCCGAGCUUGCGGAGUUGAUGGACGAUGAUUGA